AGCGACUUAAAUCCCCAGCAGAAAUGCUGACAGGCACCAGACAAGACAGACCCAUCCUGGGGCUCCGCUCAUCUCGGCCCUCGCCUCGGGCCAGGGACCCCCUCUUCCCCCACUUCUGCCAGUCCCUCCGGAGGCGGAGCCCAGCAAGACAGGACAUCCAUGACCCAAGCAGCGACUACAAACGUGUCAAGCGCCCCCCCUCCCUCCCCUGCAAACCCGGGCUGCGCACCGAUGAGCCAACUUGGCUCGGCCGUAGGUACGGACGGAGCCCGCCUGCGACCGUUCUUCGUCCGUUCGUGCCCGCGGACCACAGCAACCCCCGGCCAUGUGGUGGGGAUGCAACUUUUUGGUCCGGUUUCCGGGUCGGUCCCAGAUGGUUGGUGGUGAUGGUGGGGGAUCAUCGUCCUCCGUCUCUCCCACGCCGCUCGCUCUCGCGCACUGCGACCUCACAUCGUCGACAGCAUCAUUCGUGUUGGCAGUCUCUUCUUCAAGGUCGCGGCAGCUGAAGCACACGGAUUGUUGACCCUGUGCUGCAACACUCCUCCUCCUCCAAGUCGCUUCUUCUGCCUCUUGCGACCGCGCCUCAUCUCAUCAUCAAGCCAGGACACCACCCCCACCAGACAGAGGACCGAAACGGCCCUCGCAAGUCGCAAUGUAUACCACGUCCUUUGCCUUCUUCGAGGCCAUUGCCGAUGCAGGCGUCUCGCACUGCUUCGUCAAUCUGGGCUCCGACCACCCCAGCAUCAUCGAGGCCAUGGUGCAGAUGAGGUCGAAUCCCAAGUUCCCGCGUAUCAUUACCUGCCCGAGCGAGAUGGUCGCCAUGUCCAUGGCCGACGGCUACGCCCGACUCACCGGCAAGGCCCAGUGCGUCAUUAUCCACGUCGACGUCGGCACGCAAGCUCUGGGCGUCGCCGUCCACAACGCCUCCAGCGGGCGGGCCCCUGUGCUCGUCUUCGCGGGUCUGUCGCCCUUCACUCUCGAGGGCGAGCUGCGUGGCUCUCGCAGCGAGUUCAUCCACUGGCUCCAGGAUGUACCUGACCAACGUGCCAUUGUCGCGCAAUACUGCCGCUAUACGAACGAGAUCAGGACUGGCGUCAACGUCAAGCAAAUGGUCAACCGCGCUUUGCAGUUUGCCACCAGCUCACCGCAGGGGCCCGUCUAUCUGUGUGCGGGCCGUGAGGUCCUCGAGGCCGAUAUCGAGCCGUACGAGAUGGCCCUGGGCCAAAAGUACUGGGACCCGAUCGAGCUGGGUGGCCUGCCACCGAGGGGCGCCAGCAGAAUCGCCGAGGCACUGGCGGGUGCGUCGAAGCCGUUGCUUGUGACGGGGUUCUCUGGCCGCAACCAUGGCAUCCCCAAGGCUCUGGUGGAGUUGGCCGAUGCGGUCAAGGCCCUGCGCGUGCUCGACAUGGCGGGCAGUGACAUGUGCUUCCCCGCAGACCACCCGGCGUGGCUGGGCGUCAAGCAGGGUGCGGAUGAUUCUAUCCUUGAAGCCGAUGUGAUCAUCGUCUUGGAUUGCGACGUGCCGUGGAUCCAGACGCUUUGCAAGCCUCGACCGGAUGCCGUCAUCUUCCACAUCGACGUCGACCCUCUCAAGCAGCGGAUGCCGCUCUUCUACAUACAAUCCGACGCCAGAUACCAGGCCGAUGCUCUGCUCUCGGUGCAGCAAAUCAUCGAGACCCUGCGCCGCCCAGACAGCGAAGCGGCCAAGCUUCUCAGCUCACGGGACCUCGCGGCUGCGGAAGCUGCUCGACGGGAGUCCUACGUCGCCAAGAUCGAGGGCAUCGAGCGCGCGGCUGCUGCCUUCCCUGACGGCAGAUUCGGCACCGCACAUCUCAGCAAGGUCCUGAGAUCCGUCUGCCCCGAGGACACCAUCUGGGCCGUUGAGGCCGUCACCAACACGGGCUUUAUUCACUCCAACGUGCGUCCGACGCGGCCCGGCUCGUGGAUCAACUGCGGCGGCGGCGGCCUCGGGUGGUCUGGUGGUGGCGCCUUGGGCAUUAAGCUCGCAACCGAGGCGGAGGGAGGCAAGCAGUUUGUCUGCCAGGUCGUCGGCGACGGCACGUACCUGUUCUCCAUCCCGGGAAGCGUGUACUGGAUCUCCAAGCGGUAUAAGAUCCCCGUGCUGACAAUCGUCCUCAACAACAACGGAUGGAACGCGCCACGCAAGUCGUACAUGCUGGUACAUCCCGAGGGCGAGGCGUCCAAGGUCUCCAACGAGGACAUCAACAUCUCCUUCGCCCCGCCGCCCGACUACGCCGGCAUCGCGGCCGCGGCUGGCUCCGGCGACAUCCACGCGCUGAGGGUCGAGACGGCCGACAAGCUCGAGGCGGUGCUCAAGGAUGCGGUCGCCAAGGUGCUGGCGGGGAACACGACUGUUGUAGAUUGCCGCGUCGUACCAGACUGCUGAGAGGUGAAAAAGAAGACACAGAUGGAAAAUACAAGCGGCCGUGGUCUCGUGACGCUGAAUCACACUGUCGACAAGUUUCGUGAGGAAGGCGCGCUCCAAAGCGAGCGCCUCGACAGUGACAUAUGGAAUACCUAUUUGUUGUAGAAUGCCGGC